UUACUAAAUCCUCACUGAAGUGACCACUGUCAGUCACGUGUAGAUAACAGGAAAACAUUUAACAUUUAACUUGUGUGAGUUUUGAUUCGUUCUGACGCAAAUGGCUCCAACAUUUUCAGAUUCCGAUGACGAUUCAUUCUUUGACGACGAGGAUGAAGAAAUGUCUAGUGAUGAGUGUCAAUCAAAGCCCAUCACGGAACCGCAAAGUCCGCAAUCUAGCAAGCCAAAAUUGAGCAAACAUCUAGAGCAACUUCAAAGUAGACUAGGCCUCAAGGAAUUAAAAAACAAACUUGCAACACCAAAAGAAGAGCAGCCCAAACCAUUGACAGUCGGGAAAUCAGAGCCUCUAAUUGUUGUGUACAAUGACCCUAGCAAACGAAAAAAGCUCAAGAAAAGCCAGGCUACACAAAAUUCAUCGUCUCAAGUAGAAGACAAUUUUCCCGAACCAGAAGAAUUUAACCUGAUCAAGACAAAACAUGAAGUUAAAAAAUUUACUAUAAAAGCCUUGAAGAAGACCAGCAAAAAUCAAGCUCAGAUAGCUCUUGCAGUGUCCCUAGGAGCAAAGCCUCCAAAGGCUAUGCCAGUCAACUAUAAAGUAAUGCAGCACUGCAAGAAAAAGGAAGAAGGGAGACAAAAGCGACUCAAACAAGCUGAACACAUAUUUGCCACUAAGUUACAAUUACCAAACAAAAAGAAGGGUCCUAGGAGGGAUAGAAAUAAAGUGGUUAAUUUUGAUGCUGGUUUUGGAAAAUUUGGUCCAAAACUUCAAAAACAAAUUAAGAAUGCAAAAAAAUCUAAAAAAUGACUUAAUGAGAAUACAAUGUUUAUUUGUGAUA